AAAGGUCACAGAGAAGGGAAUACCAACCUCACCAGGACACCUCGAAACACCUACAACAUCACCACCCCACUCCCCCAGCUUCUUCACAGGAUAAAGCUUACUCCAGAACCCCUUUCCCUUCUUCUUCUUCUUCCUCCUCUUCUCACAUGUCUUGCACUUCUUCCCCCUCUCGCCUCCACAAUCCCUUGGUGUCAUCCUCCCACCAACCUCGCAUCCAAAUCCAAUCCCACAACCCCCCCUUCCCCCUCCAGCCUGCAACCCAUACCCACCAGCACAACACCCCGCCAUCUCAAAGCAACAUUCAUCUUCCUCCCAACACCCUCCACACCCUCCCCGCCCGCCACAAACAUCAUCCUCCUCCUCGUCCGAAGUCGUCUCUGA